UUCGAAUUGUCCGCGUUUGUUAGAAUUAUUAUCGUCGAAAAGUGAAUUUCGCUGUCAAAGAUUAUCGAGCGUUUUCCAUAAAGCUUCAGACGUUAGUCGCAACAGUAUCGAGCAUCGCCUGCAGUUGUCAAUAUUGUCAUAUUCGUAUCAACAAUCCGAUUCCGUAUAUCCGGAGAGAAUUGAUCGAAAUCCUAUUCACUUGUUCACAUUGUUUUUUCGGUUUUUUUUGCCGAAUUGUUACAACAAUGAAAUUGAUGCAUCACCAUCGCCAGAGUAUUCGCGAUCUGUCUCUGCGUGUACCUAAAAAUCGAUCGAAUUGUUUUCAUAUAUUUCACGCCGUUAUUUUCUCGUCGAAUUGCAACAACAGUAUUUUGGUGCAUGUUCAUUGCUAGUAUUAGCGAUCUAUCUCUGUGUAUCUGAAAUCGAUUCAAAUCCGUUUCGUAUAUUUGAUGUGAAACGCGACAAAAGUUGGUACACAAUCAACGUUAGUAUCUAUGAUCCAUUUCUGUGUGCUUGGAAUCGAUUCAAAUUCGCAUAUUUGAUACCGAAACUUCCUCGCCGAAACACGACAAAAGUUGGUGCACAAUCAUCGUUACGUUACAUCAAAUGCACAGCUGGGAUGCUGAGACAUGGAAACAUGGAGAUGCAAGAAAAUGGAGAGGCUGAGGAAAAACUACAUCGACACUACAUCGACACUACAUCGACACUACAUCGACACUACAUCGACACUACAUAUAAUCAAGGAGAAACUAUAUAAUCUUAGAUUGGCGCUGGAAAAGUCAGGAAAGAGGCAGCAUGGUGCAGCGAUGAUUCCAUUGGUGAACAUUAGCGUGGUGGAAGGAAGGCCUGCCGAAUUACCGUGCGACAUAACUCCGCCCGGCGAGGACACGCUGCACAUGGUUUUCUGGUUUAAAGACGAAGCUGGAGUACCGCUAUACACAAUCGACGCGCGAGAGAAGCCGGUGACGAAGGCGCAGCACUCUUCGGAUUCCGGUGUUUUCGGUCCACGCGCCUUUUUCCGAACAGCUUUCCCGAGCCCGGCGGUUUUGGUGAUUGACGAUAUAAAACGCCACGACGCGGCAACGUACAGAUGCAGAGUGGAUUUCCGGAAGGGCCAGACGCGCAGUUUCCGGUACAAUUUGACGGUGAUUGUUCCACCGGAGCAGCCGACUAUUUUGGAUCGAUGGGGCCGCAUCUUGAAUGGCACAGCUGGCCCUUAUGAGGAAGGCGAUACGCCGUACCUCACAUGUCGCGUCACCGGCGGCAAGCCGCAGCCCAUGGUUACAUGGCUCAUAAAUGGCCGAGUGAAAGAUGAGGAGUACGAAAAUAAUGCUGGCGAUGUAAUCGAAAACAGAUUAACGCUCCAGCCAAUCAGCCGGUCUGAUCUUGGCUCGAAUUACACGUGUCAAGCGCGCAACACGGGUCUGGUGGGUCCGAAGGAGAGCUCGAUUUCCCUAGAUCUCAAUUUGAAACCUCUAACUGUGAUUAUAAGAAGACCGGGCAGGAAAGGAAAGAACAGCGAGUCCCUCUUGGCAGGGAAGCGAUACGACAUGGAGUGCGAGACCACUGGUUCAAGGCCACCCGCGGUGAUAACUUGGUACAAGGGCCGCAGAAGACUGAAGCACACGAAGGAGGAGAGAUCGGAGAAUCGAACCGUCAGCACGGUGGAGUUCGAGCCGGGCGUGGAGGAUCAUGGGAAAUCUAUCACCUGCCGAGCGGAGAAUCCAAACGUGACCGGACUCUUCGUCGAGAAGGCGUGGAAGAUCGACGUCGUGUAUCCGCCGAUAGUAUCAUUAAACCUCGGAUCGACCUUAAGCCCAGAGGACAUUAAAGAAGGGGAUGACGUGUACUUCGAGUGCCACAUUAGAGCCAAUCCUCCCUGGUCCAAGCUCGUUUGGAUACACGACAACCAAAUCCUGGCGCAUAACACGUCGGCAAGGAUCAUCUGGUCGAAUCAGAGCCUCGUCUUGCAGAGUGUGACAAGAAGUAGUGCAGGUCGCUAUGUCUGCGCAGCGACGAACGCACUGAAUGAGACACGCAGCGAGCCUCUACACUUUCGAGUCAAAUUCGCGCCUGUGUGCAAGGAAGAUCGGAUCAUAGUGGUCGGCGCAUCGAGGGGCGAGUCGCUCGACAUCGCCUGCAAGGUUGAGGCCGAUCCGCCGGCGCACAAUUUCCGGUGGAAAUUCAACAACAGCGGCGAGACCCUGGAGGUAGCAGCUGCUAAGUUCUCCAUGGAGAAGUCGAGCGGCGUCAGCGUGCUGAAAUACACGCCGUCCACCGAGCUGGAUUACGGUACCCUCUCGUGCUGGGCGGACAAUCUCGUCGGUACCCAGUCGAGGCCAUGUCUCUUCCAGCUGGUAGCAGCCGGAAAGCCAUUUCCGGUGCGCAACUGCACACUGGCGAAUCAGACGUAUACCAGCGUGGAGGUGAAAUGCGUGGCGGGAUAUGACGGCGGACUGCCGCAGAAAUUCGUGCUCGAGGUCUAUCACGGCGACGUCGAUUUCCUCGUGACCAGCCAGCCCCUCUACAACGUUUCCAACCAGGACGAGCCGACCUUCGCCCUAGCCGGGCUGGAGGCCUCGGUUGAGGCCGGUGUCCACGUCGCGGUCUACGCGGUGAACGCGAAGGGUCGGAGCCAACCGGUCAUCCUCAGCGAGGUCACAUACCGCGACGCCGAGAAGCGCACCGGUCAGGAUGCCGGCAUUGUGUUAUCACCGUUAAUAGGCGUAGUGGUCGGCGCUCUCGUGACUCUGGUCCUCAUUAUUCUGGUCAUAGUGGUCAGGAUACGUCGGGAGCGCGUGGCGAAACCGCGGCAUGAGAAACCAGCGGAACUCAGCGAGUUGCCGCCUCAACAAUACCCCUUGCAGAAUUCUCAACAGACCGUGGAGACUGAUCCCGACGUGAUCCCGAACAAGUUCGAGGGUAACCUCGUGGAGGUCAGCCCACCGAGUUACCCGGGCGGUUAUCCCCCGGGACACUGGGUCACGCCCGGACCUACGCCAAGCAUAGACGAGCUCUGCCACAAGUUCACGGGUCGGCCGACGGAACUGAGGUUACCGUCGCGCAGCACGAUACCGAACCUGCCGGCGGGGAUGCCGGUGACGGGGAUGAUGGUGGGCGCUGGGCAGGGUGUCGUCAUCGGCGGUGCCCAGGGCGUCGUCGUGGGUGGCGGCCAGGGUGUCGUCGUGGCUGGCGAGUGCCUGGACGGCGAGGCGAUCAAGCGAAGACUGAUGGCGAACAGGCUACCGGAGAGCUGCGUCUAGAAGCUCUCAAAUCGGCCGCAGGUGACGUGACCAUCGUCAUCGUCGUCGUUAUCCUCGUCACCUUGGUACCGUUCAAGUGGUUGUCGCGUGAUCCUGGCGAAAGACGAACCCGAGCGAACUCGAGAGCACUUGUCGCGUAUCCAAGAGCGGUCUUGAAAUCCUGAAUCGGUGAAGCGUUGCAUUGUCCGCUUUCGUGACACCCGUUUGUUAGCCGCUUUAACGCGUUCACGACUAACGAUCCGGCGCGACCGACUCGUAUUAAUGAAAUGGGUUAUUGCGCAUCGGAGAUCAGCGUUAUGUGUCACGAACGAUUAAUUUUACACAAGUUUCUAGUGUUCGAUUCGGGGCAACAGUCGAGAGAGAGAGAGAGAGAGAGAGAGAGAGAGAGAGAAAGUGAUGCAAUUGCGCGAUUUCUCUCGUGAAACGAUUCACGAGAUUGGAGACACCGUCCGCGUCGCGAUUGUUUUCGAAAUAAGAUCGCCGCGCCAGUUUCCCUCCGGGAUAGCGAGGAAAGCGGUUGAAGUAUGCGGAGAAGUUAGCCCGGAAACUUCCCCGAAGUUCCCUGCCUCGCGGAAGAGUAUUGCAAAGUUCUAACAUUCUGUUUUCGGUCGUUGACUUGACCGCUGCUCCCCCCCCCUCCCCCUUUUUUUUGUGUGUUCCAAAUCGGAUGAUCUUCGACGGUGUCUUCUCGAAUAUUUCCCCUGUAGAUUUGCUCCUCUUCGUUACAGACGCGAAAUAUAAAAAACGAGAGCGAAAAACCGAACUGCGAGCUGCAAAAGCUGCUCGGAUUGAAUGCCGAGUUUGAAAUAUGUUUUCGGUAUGCGGUAUUCCACUCUUCCGCCGAAAACAUUUUUGUCGCACGGACAGUCGUGAUGAAUGAAUAUCAUAAUCCAUAUUUUUUCGUAUUAAUUUUUUUCUCUGACAAAAACAACUAAUUUUAUGUUAUUUCUCUCUUUCUCUAUUAUAUCUGCUUUGUUGCAUUUUUGCUGUGCAUUUUUUCCAGUUUAUAUUAAUAUUUUGUACAUUAUUUAUCUCUCAUUUUUUUUAUUAUAUUAUAUUACGCUAACGUCUCACGAUGUCCCUAAAUAAAUCCGAAUUCUACCAACGAGACGUUGGUCCGGAAGUAUCAGGCCGUGAAACACGAGAAAAGAUAAAAGGCUCUCGAACGAACCCCUUUUCCGAUGGCUCGAAUGAAGACGAAUGGAGGAACCGCGCGAAAAUAUACCGAGAACAGAAGGAGGAACGAAGAGGACGCGGGGGGGAGGGGGGGGAGAAAGGACGAUGCGGAAUGAAAGGAAGAAAGGGAACGGCUCGAUGCCACUUUGGCGUGUAGUUUGAAGGCGUGAAAUGCGGUUUUAAGGUUGAACGAUCGGCUUCGAUAUCGCGAUAAAGCAAAGAAGAGCGGGAAACUGCACCGCGGGCAUCGAAUAUCCUGUUUAAAUUCGAUAUUUUUUGAGGUACAAUCUUCACGGCGUAAUAUCGAUAAUGCCGAAUAGACAUCGAACGUGAAUGACGAUAUUAUUAAAUUAAAAGAAGAAAAUUUUCGAAACUGUUCGUUGAACGCAUCGAUAAAUUGGAUUUCGUACCGAUCGCACCCUGUCUACCGUGUAAUGUUAGAAUCUCGAAUAAAUAAUUAAAGUAACAAGCACUUUGGAGAAGAAGCGGCCGCUUCCAGCAGGGAACGCAAGCGAAUAUGACGAGCCGCGUAACGUACAAAGCGAAAGGAUUCCUGUGAAACCAAGACCAGGUGCACGUUGUACUCCAUCGGUGUAAAGGUAGAGCGUCGGUGUUGUGAUAGAACAUUUAUAAAUUUUUCUACCGCUCAUAUGAGUUUUCUCGCAAUUCCCACGAAUAUCGAAUAUAAAUUCUCACGAGGUCGAGACUCGUUCACGAAAAAUUCUACGAUGCACUCUCACCGGAUGUGUGCGCGCGCGCGCGUGUGUGUAAAUAUAUAUAUAUAUAUAGUUUAACGGUUUCUUUAUCAGCUCGUUAAAUCGCGAUUUUACUCGGUUCACGACAAGCAGGGGAGGAAAAAGUGGAGAGCGGGGAACAGCACGAUGCGCAGCGUCCGCGAAUUUCUACGUUCGCACGAAGAGAGAGAGAGUGAGCUUUUGCGAGACUUGCAAAAGAAAAAAAAAAACGAAACUGGUCUUCCACGUGACACUUCGCGACGAAGUCAUGAGACUUCUACGGCGAGAAUGGAACUAACGAAUCGACAAAAAAGCGUAUCCCUAAUGGUGUGGUGUAUAACGUGAACUUUGCUCGUGAAAAGUUCGCCCCGUGCUUCGCGAAUGAUCGAUAGACUCGUAAUGUGUAAAAAAAGAAAAAAAGAAAUGAGCGACGGACUGAGAAAUGAGUAACGAGUGUCGCUUCGGCGAUGCGGAGAGCCGCUCUCCGCGGGAUACGAGUGGUAAAUGAUGCCGAAUCAAUCGUCGAGUGUGUCUGUUUCGAUAGUAAUAAAAAAAAAAAAAAAAUAAUGAUCACAAGUAUGAUGGUUGCUCGUUAGCUAAUGUAUCGCUGUACAUAUUAUGAGAGAGUCUAAGGAUAAGUUGACAGCGUUCGAGUUUUCGAGAUGACCGGUGGAACGAUCUUGUCGAGCACCUAACCUUGUCUGAGUCUCUCCAUCUGCACGAGGAAAAAUAAUGAUACAAGAUUGAAAUCAUUUUCGCGAGAAUUUUUCUCGCUCUUAUGCGGAAUGUCAUGCUCGAUAACGCCGCUCCACCGAGAUCCUUUAAAUUCACACCCUUGUUUCGUCGCAGCGUCACAAUUUUCCGACGAUGCCAGAGCCGGAUUUUGACAUUCGUUAAUAAUAAAACGGAUUUUUUUAUUCUAAUAAUUUUGUUAUAAAACCAGAUAUAGUUUAUUCAUUUUUGUUCCAUAAAUUUUAUUUUUUUCCCCUCAUAAUAUUCCGCGAAAGCUUAUGAAUAAUAAAUUUUGACCUGUGCAAUUUUUUCAUUACUUGGUUUAAUUUUUUAAGUGCUAAUUAUCCUUUUCGGCUGAUCGUCGAAGAAUUGUCGAUUAAUCGAACGACCUAUGUACAUCUUUCACGUCCAUGAGAAUUUGUUUGAGGAUGAAUGAUGAAGAUAACGCAUUAACGCGGACCGAGAGUUAGAAUAAGACAAAAUACUACUGCCCAUAUUCAUUUUGUAAAACGAGGAAACGUCGGGGCUAUCAACCCCUUCUCAUGUGUAAGAAUCUUAUUUAGCGAGCGAGGAAAAUCGCCAAAGUAGAUACCGAAAAAUAACGUUCUCGGUCGGCGUAACCCAACAAUCAAGUGCAAAGGAAGUAAAAAAUGAAUAAAUAAAUAAGCGCAAACGAUCGACGAGGAAGUUAACAAGUAGCGAGUAAUGGCUGUACAUAAUCAGUUGUACGUAAAACGACGCGACGGAGUUCAUGUAAAUCGAUCGACAGUCGCGUAAAAGCCGAACGUCGAGGUUCGUUGUAUAGGUGAUUUCAUAUCAAACCCAUAUCGUUUAACUUAAGUCGUAUGUAUAUACUACACCAUGUUUUGAUCUGAAUAAACUGUUUAAUUGUCCGAA